AUGGCAGCCCAAUUCGCCGCCGCUGCAGCAACAACAACAUCCAACGUUUCUCUUCUCCGCCUUCCCUCUCUCUCGAAUAAAGAUUUGAUUCCGGAAAGACGAGUUACAUUCUACAGGAAAAGGAGUUUUGCCAUCAAAGGUCUUGCAGGCAGUUCUCUGGGAAAAUCAGCUACACGACUCACGGCUGUUUCAUCUCCACUAUCUACUGAUAAACUAGGUCAUCUCUCACUCAGUGUUCCUAUAUCUCGAAGAGGCAGUUGUACCACCCGUCCACAAGCAUAUAUAUACCAUUGGUCUGGCUUUCGAAUCCCUGCAAAUGCUGAGAAGCCAGAAUGGUGGUGGAGGACUUUAUCCUGUAUACCCUAUCUAAUAGCAUUGCAGAUGUCUGCAACUGGAUUCCAUGUAAUGGCGGGAAUGCUACUGGAAAUUGCUCUUCAGAUAAUAUGGGUUGCAAGCAAUUUCUUGCCGCUCAUACACUUCAAGGGAACACUUGGGAUGUAUUACUGGGCUGGUGUGGCGUUGGCAUAUAUUCUCAUAAGCAUGCAUUCCAUCAGGUGUGCUCUUCUUGGUACAUUUUCGAAUAUCCCUGUUAUUAGUGAAUCAGCUUUCCUUCAUUCUCUAUUUAGUUUAGGAGGGUUCCAGCGGCCCUUUUAG